ACGAAUGGAUAUGUUCGCAACACGAUGUUGUUUGUUGUUGGGCGCGAAUGUAAUGUUGUAAAACUUCAUUUAUUGCGGUAAUGGGAAAUCGCGACGGUAAAUGCACAUUUUUCCUGUGGGAAUUCUACUUCUGGCUCUGUAGGUUCUGGGGAAUAAUUACAGCUAUUGCACUAUGGGGAAUCAGUGUGGAGGAAGCUUUCUAUGGUCGAUAUGUUGGAUUCAUUCUCUUAAUUGAAGCUGUGAUCGUAACUUUUCUAGAGGUUGUGUUUUUCAUUGAUUUUUGUGUGAAAAUAUUUAAAAGUAGUGAUGAUGAUGAAGAAUCUGUUUCCUGUUGUCUUAAAAUCUGGAUGUGUUUUCUGUGGCUGGACAAUUGGAAGAAAGGAGUAUUUUAUUUGGUUUUAGCUGUGCCUUGUUUUAUAGAACCUAAUGAUGCCUGGCUGGCCAUUAUAUCGGGUGUAAUGCUGAUGAUGAGUGCUAUAUUUUAUGUAAUAAAAACCUUCGGGAGCACGAGUGAGGACACCCAUCAAAAGCUACCACAAGAAACAACGUAUGAUAGGUUUGAUGAUAUCCAGGAGGAUCUUGAGGAUAACAUAUUAAAUCCCAUAGAUGAUGGAGCUUUGGUGUGUGUGGCUGACCAGCAGGAGAUCCUGGAGCUCUGAACGCAUACUCCGAGUGUGCUAUUUAAUAUUCACAUUGCAUUCCUUUGCAUGUGUGUUCAGCAAGUGUAUUUUGUCUCCCUUGUUGUAGUGCUUGUGUCUGUUGUGAGUGGCCUCAUUGUUUUGUGGUUUCUUGUGAGGAAGUGUGACAGUUGGUGUGGUAUACAAUGCAGAAAGAUUGUGGUUACAAAGUCCAACCAUCCUAUUGGAAAAAUAACCUUAUACCAGUAAUAUCAUCUUCAAAUAACCUAAGGGACUUGACAUGUGUCUGUUUCAGCUAGCUAAUAACAGGAUUAGAUGUUCAAGUUAGCUAAUAACAGGAUUAGAUGUUCAAGUUAGCUAAUAACAGGAUUAGAUGUUCAAGUUAGCUAAUAACAGGAUUAGAUGUUCAAGUUAGCUAAUAACAGGAUUAGAUGUUCAAGUUAGCUAAUAACAGGAUUAGAUGUUCAAGUUAGCUAAUAACAGGAUUAGAUGUUCAAGUUAGCUAAUAACAGGAUUAGAUGUUCAAGUUAGCUAAUAACAGGAUAGAUGUUCAAGUUAGCUAAUAACAGGAUUAGAUGUUCAAGUUAGCUAAUAACAGGAUAGAUGUUCAAGUUAGCUAAUAACAGGAUUAGAUGUUCAAGUUAGCUAAUAACAGGAUUAGAUGUUCACAAUACCAUUCUUUGUCAAAAUACCAAUGUACUGUAAACCAUCUUUAGUAUUUCCUGCAUUUUCAUGAUUGAAAAUGACAUUGUAAAAGUUGAUAGCUGAGAAUAGAGGUAGUAAUGCUUCAUCUCUGAUGCCAUAAUUACUUUGUCAAAGUACAGUAUAAUGCUGACCGUAAUGUUUACAUUAACGUUUGAGUACGAGUACAAAUUUGUUUGCAUUAUGAAAAGAAAAAGAAAAAAGAAUAUUCCACUUUGGCAAAAUUGAUCAUGAAAGCUUGUUGUCAUAUGGAAAUUGCAGAUGUUAACCACAAAAGAAAGUUGGUUUACAAUAACUUUAUUGAAAACAAAAAAUCCAUGCAUGUUCCCAUUUCACAUGUGUUGCAGUAUUAAAGCAGUUGUACACAUCAAAAUAUAUAUACCGCCCUGUGGCGUUGAUAUUGAUCUGACAAGGGCUUCGAACAAAACCCAUUAUUUAAUAUCCUAUUUUAAUAACACUAAUAACCAUUUGUUAUAUUCUUUAAUCAUAAAACUUAGUGCUUUAAAUUGGCGUGCAAGAUGAAUGUAUGUUCAGUAUAAAAGUCCACGACUAUGGAAUCCAAAUUUAUAGAUGUUUUAUCCAAUGUAUGUAAUGUAUGACAGUAUCAGUACAAUAGCUCAUUUCACUGACAUCUACGAUCAGAUCAUGUAGUUUAUAUCAGAUUAUUUUCAGUUUUAAAAUGGAAUUUUAUCAUUUUAAUUCUCAAUGUUUUAUUGGUGAUUUUUUCUGUUUUUCUAGUCAAAACAGGUGUUUAACUUGAAAUACUAUUCAUCACUAAAAAGUGAAAAAUAUCCUGAUAUGCAGUAAGUUUGCUCCAUCAUCUAAAGUUUGUUAUUGACAUUCAUGGUCCGUACGCCAACUAUGUUCCCAUAUCGUUACCAGGGUAAAGUCACAAAGAAUAUCCCCCUCAUGUCUGUAUCUCUCACCAGGGCCCAAAUAUUCAUUUAAACUGUCCGAGAGAUGGUAUAUUUUUUGCAUUUAGAUUACGGAUUUAUUAUCAUCAUUUUUUUUUUUUUUUUUUGCAUUUGGGGUAUUUGAUAUUUUAAAAGAAACUGAGAUGACCAAUUUAUAUUGUUGGUUUUAUCAAAGUUUGGAAUUUCUAAUUUAACAGUUUUAUUUGAAAAUUAAAAGUGAAACUGGAGGGAGUAUAGGUUUCUUGUACGUAUGUACCCGGUACGCAACACCAAAGAUCGUCAGCACUCCAGUGGCUUCAUUCCUCGAGUGAUUUUGAUCAAACAAUGAUAAAGGACCAUAAUAUUUCAGAUAAGUUUGAGCUUCAAGGAUUUUUAGUCAAGGUCACUGUUACUAUUUUUAGCGGGGGCCAGCAGGGGACCUGUAUUGCUUUAGCAAUACCCAGUAUGCUUGUUUUAGUUCAUAUAUUUAUUCAAAGCCUUAGACUAUCAUACCUUAUUAUGUUUUUCAGUCAACAUAAGUGGUAGCAUCUAAUAGGUGUUUAUAAUUAUGCCGAAGACACCAACAUCUCCAAUGGACUGACAUCUAAUUAUAGGUUAACAUAUUUAUAAAAACCCUUUAUUUUCUAUGAUCUGUCUACUGAAAGAAUCUCCAUAACCAUUUUGAUUUUAAUAUGCAAAUUUAUUAAAGUUAGUUGUUGUUUCAGUACCUAUUUAUUUAUAUGUUUCACUUCUCACUGUGUUUUAAUUAGAUUUGUUAAAUUCACUAUUAUACCAGACUUUUUCUUUAGCAUUUGUUUCUUCUGUGUAUUUUGCACUGAAUUAACUUUCAGUAAUCUCUGAAAGAAGUAUGAUCAUUUUGUAAUGAACAUUUUUGUAAUAUUUCUGCUUUUCACAUUAGAAGUGCUAUUUGUUUUCUAUCAUCUUGAACCAUUCCUGGUUGAUUCUGCACAUACCCUGGUGUUUGUACCUGAAGGGCUGCUUCUCACCAGGGCACACAGGUCAAGGACACUUGAAGGGCUGCUUCACACCAGGGCACACAGGUCAAGGACACCAUUCUAGGGUUUACUCAAAUCACAAUGAGUUAAACAGUCUCCCUUACCCAAUUCCAAUGAGAUUUUUCAAAUUCAGAUGAGAUUUUUUUCUCUCACUUUUAAUUUUUGAAUGAGAUUUUCAGCAUUAUGUUAUAUCAAAUUAACAGUUAUUUCUUGCAUCAAUUCUAAUUUUGACUUUUAAGAAAAUACAGUGAGAAUCUCACAAAAUUAUGCACCAAAUUGAACCCUGCCAGCCGUGAUGUUUAUACCCAAAGGGCUGCUACCCCCUAGGGUACCUAGAUCGAGGAUAAGUGCCUUACAUAUGUACUCUUUAAAAGUUUAUAAUGCUUCAAUUGUGUAAUUAAACAGUAAUCUGAAACGAAAAUAGAAAAUUAUCAAUAAUAAUGAACAAAGUGCUAGCAAUGUGUCUUCAAUAGUAUCUGUCUUGUAAAGACCUUGGAAGGAAUGUCAUUUGAAUAAAUUUUUUACAGGAAUAUUU